AUGAAGAACAAGAAAGCCGAAUCAGCCAACGGCCCCAAUCCCAUCGUGAUGGAUUCAAGUGAAGAGGUACUAUAUAAUCAACCCGUGGUUAUUGACAAUGGAUCUGGGCUAAUUAAAGCUGGUUUCGGUGGUGAAGACAAGCCAAAAUGUUACGAAUACUCACUUAUCGGUAAACCAAAAUAUAGCAAGGUUAUGGCUGGGCGCUUGGAUAGCGAAAGGUUUGUUGGAAACGAAGCUCAAGAGAACCGUGGAUUACUAAAGCUGCGCCGUCCUUUGGAGCAUGGUGUUGUAACUGAUUGGAAUGGGCUAGAGGAGUUGUGGUCUUACGUAUUCGAAAAAGGUUUACAAUUGAAGAGUUUACAAGAUCAUCCAGUAUUGGUAACGGAAGCGCCACUAAAUCCAAGAAAAAAUAGAGAAAAAAUGUGCGAAUUACUGUUUGAGACGUUUAAUGUUCCUGCAGUAUAUGUGUCAAUUCAAGCGGUACUCUCUUUAUAUGCCAGUGGCAGAACGACAGGAUGCGUUCUAGAUUCUGGAGAUGGUUGUUCCCAUGCCGUACCAGUGUAUGAUGGAUACACGUUGCCGUCAGCAAUAAGAAGAAUUGAUAUUGCAGGACGUGAUAUUACAGACUUAUUACAGGUACUGAUAAGAAAAUCUACUGGUGUAUCGUUACUUUCUAGUAGUGAGCAGGAAAUAGUUCGGAUCAUUAAGGAAAAAGCAUGCUACGUAGCACUGAACCCUGCAGAAGAAGAGAAGAAUUAUCAAUUGCAUGGAAAACAAACUAUGUUCAGACUUCCGGAUGGGAAGCAAAUAGAAUUAGAUAAUGAAAAGUUCAGGGCGCCUGAAAUCCUUUUCAAUCCUCAAUUAGUGGGAUCUGAGUUUCCCAGUUUACCAGACAUAUUAUUUGAGAGCAUACAGAAAGUUGAUUUAGACUUAAGGACAUCACUAUAUUCAAAUAUAAUAUUUAGUGGCGGAACUACUAUGAUACCCGGGUUUGGAGAUAGAGUCUUGAAAGAAUUGAAGCUGCUUUGCGAACCUCAAACAAAGAUAAAGAUAUUUGCCCCACCAGAAAGGAAAUACAGUACUUGGAUUGGUGGCUCUAUAUUGUCAGGUCUUUCAACAUUCAAGAAAAUAUGGGUGGCAAGAAAAGAUUGGGAGGAGAACCCAGGAAGUGUGCAUGCUCGAUUCUUAUAG